AUGAAAAUAGACAACUCAAACCAGCAGCGAGGAUUCCUACCUCACGAUUCUACCGAGAACGUCGUUCUUCCAAAAGAGAAGUUUUCAUUAUGGGUAAUAUAUUUACUCGAUGAAUACGUACAUCAACUUGAAUGUCACAUUUGCGCGGGUCUUGUUAUUUUAUUCACUGCUCUCACGUUAAUCUUUACACAUUUGAAAAAUUUUCCAUUUACACUCUCCUGUUGUCGCUUUUUCAUGAAACUUUCAUUGUUUUCUUUCUUAUUGAUGUUUUUAAUAUCUUCUUAUUGGAUGUUUAAACUAUGCAAGAUGAACUUACAGAGUGAAAUAAAAAUUCUAUUAGAAGUAAUUGAGUGCAAACCGAACGCAUCACCACACAGUUGGGACAUUAUUGCAUGUCAUAUGAAUGAAUAUCUUUAUUCAGAAGGGUUUUAUUCUACUCCCAAUUUCUUUUAUGAUGGUAGCGGAGUCUAUCGUUGGUUUAGAUUCGCCAUCAUGAAGCGCUUACAGGCCCAAUUAGCAAGAGAAAACCGCCUCACUGAUGAUGGAUCAGAAAUUGGAAAAUAUGAAGUGGUUGCAUUCAGAGUGUUUAGAGAAACAGUCGACAAAUAUUGGGCAGAUGAAUACCCUGUGGCUUUUGAGGAAGUAAUAAAUACGCGAAAUAUGAGAAAUGCUAGCAGCUCUAAGCAAGAUAAUGCACCAGCAGAUGGGGAUAUGGUUUAA